AUGGUGAUUAUUGGCGGCAUGGCUCAGAGCAUUCCAUCGUGGGAAGCUCAAAUUCCGUCCUUGUCGCAAUCGAGGGAUGUACUUCUCUACGAAGCACGAGGACAAGGACCUCCACCAACAAAGGAGAGAUCGGUUGAAUCCUUCAAAGAUGUCUCGUUGCCGGCGCAAGCCAACAUGCUAAUGGAAACUUUGGACGAGAUAUUGGACAAGUCGCAACGACACCAACAACGAGUGGAUCUUGUGGGAUUCUCCUUGGGUGGUCGGAUUGCUCUUGCCACUUGUAUUUUGUUUCCCGAACGGAUUCGCAAGGUGCACAUUACGGGGGUAUCAGCCGAUCGAUCGCCACUGGGGCACUUGACUGUGGCAUCGUGGAAAGAUCAUGUUCGGAAUGGCGACACUCUACGGUCGUUUGCGUGGUCCGUCUUGUUGACCACCUAUUCGUCCAAGACGAUCCAGUACUGGACCGACAAUCCGGAUUAUUUUUACACCAUUCUAGACUUUGUGGCCGAGCAAAAUACACGGGAAGGAUUGCUGGCUCUGUUGGAGCAAUGUCAUGCCAAAGAUGACGACGACGAGUGGUCUACCACCUCCAUGGCGAGUCGAUUUCCUUUGGGGAAAAUUAAUGGUCGUGCCUGUGUGGGAAGCAUGGAUCAGGCCAUGGCACCAGUGGCUCAAGUCGAGGCUCUUUGUGAAAUGCUACAAUGGGAUCCUCCAACUGUCUUGCCCGACUGUGGCCAUGCUGCACCCAUGGAACAACCACGGCAAUGGAGAAAGAACGUCCUCGAAUUUCUAGAUCUAAACGACUAG